AACGGCCACCCCUGUGCAGAUUGAUCUGCGCUGCUACCGAAAAGAUUAAAUAGGUUUUCUAUUUUCAUUAAGUAAUUGUACUGUUCACCGCACUUCCGCUACUGCAUUGUUCGCGGCUCGGCGGGUUUAUCAAAAACAUAAAAAAAAUCAAAAAAGUACUCAAAUUAUUAUCUUUCCCCGAAGACCGAUUCCUUUAUCGAUACUUAGGGUUUCGAUUUUGGUAACGCAUAUUUGAUUUUAAUACUGCAUUUUGUGGUUGAACGUUCAAUCUUUUCAAGAAAAAAAAAAGAGAUCAAUGGCGCAAAUUCACGAGAGUCCAAUCAAUGACGCGGCGGCUCCGGUUCCGAGUCAUUUGGCGACGACGUCGUUGUACGUCGGAGAUCUUGAUCUCGACGUCAAUGAUUCGCAGAUUUACGAUCUUUUCAACCAGAUCGGCCAAGUUGUUUCUGUUAGGGUUUGCAGGGACUUGGCUUCUCAACAAUCCCUAGGUUACGGUUACGUCAAUUUCAGUAACCCUAAUGACGCUGCGAAAGCUAUUGACGUGCUGAAUUUUACUCCACUGAACAACAAACCGAUUAGGAUAAUGUAUUCUCAUAACAUUUUCAUCAAGAAUUUGGAUAAGGCAAUCGAUCACAAAGCUUUAUAUGAUACUUUUUCGGUUUUUGGAAAUAUUCUUUCCUGCAAGAUAGCAAUGGAUGCUUCUGGUCUGUCUAAGGGCUAUGGUUUUGUGCAAUUUGAGAAUGAAGAAUCUGCCGAAAGUGCAAUUGACAAGUUAAAUGGAAUGCUGAUUAAUGAUAAACCGGUCUAUGUUGGUCAUUUCCAAAGAAAGCAGGAUAGAGAGAAUGCUUUGAGUACUGCUGCGAAGUUUAAUAAUGUCUAUGUGAAAAACCUAUCAGAGGCUAUGGCGGAUGAUGACUUGAAGAAAAUAUUUGGAGAGUAUGGAACUAUUACUAGUGCUGUAGUAAUGAGAGAUGUAGAUGGUAAAUCGAAAUGUUUUGGUUUUGUCAAUUUUGAAAAUGCAGAUGCUGCUGCUAAAGCCGUGGAGGCACUUAAUGGAAAGAAAUUUGAUGACAAGGAGUGGUAUGUUGGAAAAGCCCUAAAGAAAUAUGAAAGGGAACUUGAACUGAAAGAAAGACAUGACCAGAGUAUGAAGGAAACUGUGGACAAAUAUUAUGGUGCAAACUUGUAUGUCAAAAACUUGGACGACAGUGUUAGUGAUGAAAAACUCAGUGAACUGUUCUCUGAGUUUGGUACAGUAACUUCAUGCAAGAUUAUGCGAGAUCCACAGGGAAUUAGUAGGGGAUCUGGAUUUGUUGCCUUUUCAACUCCUGAGGAAGCAACUCGAGCUCUUGCUGAGAUGAAUGGUAAAAUGGUUGCUGGCAAACCUCUCUACGUUGCUCUUGCACAGAAAAAGGAAGAGAGAAAAGCAAGGUUACAGGCACAAUUUUCUCAAGUGAGACCAGUUGCAAUGGGUCCUAUUGCACCUCGAAUGCCAUUUUACCCUGCAAAUGUUCCUGGAAUGGGACAACAAAUAAUGUAUGGUCAAGCUCCUCCUGCCUUCAUAUCUCAGGCUGGAUUUGGCUACCCGCAGCAACUGGUUCCUGGAAUGAGACCAGGUGCUCCUUUGCCAAACUUCUUUGUUCCCAUGGAUCAGCAGGGGCAACAAGGUCAGCGUCCAGGUGGACGGCGAGGAGCUGGUCCCAUGCAACAACUCCAGCAGACAAUGCCAUUGAUGCAGCAACAGAUGCUUCCAAGGGGACGUGUCUAUCGAUAUCCACCUAGUCGCAACAUGCAAACUAUUACACUACCAGGAGUUGCUGGAGGAGCGCAGGCUCUGGCUACAGCUCUUGCAAAUGCUCAUCCUGAACAGCAGAGGACUAUGCUUGGUGAAGUUUUAUACCCGCUAGUAGAGAAGCUUGAGCAAGUUGGGGCUGCAAAGGUGACAGGGAUGCUUUUGGAGAUGGACCAGCCUGAGGUGUUACAUCUGAUUGAGUCACCAGAGGCUCUCAAGACAAAAGUUGCUGAAGCCAUGGAUGUGCUGAGAAGUGUUCAACAGCAGCAAUCAAACAUCCCAUCUGAUCAAAUGGCUUCUCUCUCUCUUAAUGACAGUCUCGAAUCUUAGACUAUGCAUGACAGUUUACAAGGGAUCUUCACGUUCUUUGAACGUCACAGUUUUGUGUUUCUGGCUUCUUUUAGGAUUUUAGCGAUUUUGCUUGGAUUAGCAUAUUGAUUUGCUGCUUGUUUCGUUUCCGUUUCACUACUUGAUUAUUCCAUUUUGCAUGUUUGACUUUGUUUUAUUAUGAAUUUAAUUUCCUAUGUUUCA